AUGAAUUUUGGCAAUGAAGAGAAGCCUAUGACAUUGUUUUCGAGUGAAGGGAAGCUUGGGCAAUGCGAUAAUGCAUUACAAGCAGCAAGAAACGGCAGCCUGUCGAUUGGUGCAUGUGCAGAUGAUGGAUGUGUAGUGGUGUCAUUCAGGGAUGUCAUGCCACUUGUAGUGAAGAAGGAGGUUCGUAAGGUGUUUAGGAUAUGCGAUACAAUAGGAUGUACAUACUCUGGACUUCAACCUGACUGUAGAAUACAGGUUGGGAUUGGAUGUGAGAUUGCCGAGAGCUAUUAUGACCUUUAUAAACGAUACCCAGAUGUGGAUGUGUUUGUUGCACGUUUUUCAUCUGUUGUGCAGGAAUAUACACAAAAGGGAGGAUACAGGCCAUUUGGAACACAGAUGAUAUUUGUAGGGUCGGUGAAGGGGGUUCCGAAAGUUUAUCAGGUUGAUCAGAGUGGGUUAUACCAGACUAUGGAUGUGUGUGCAUCAGGCUCUGGAUAUGCAGAUGCAAAGAAGUUUGUAAGUCGAAGACUGGAAGGCUUGGAUGACAAUGUGGUGAGCUGUGUUUGUUCUUUGAGGGAGUAUGCAGGGAAAGAAGUCAAAGCUGAAGAUGUUGACAUUGGAGUGUAUAUGAAGGCCCAGAAUGUAUUUAAAAUAUAUGGAGAGGAAGAGGUUAGGGAGGUGUUUGAUUCUCUUAGCAGGGACUGA